CCGGCGGUGCCCCUGCAGCAGUGAUGGCGGAGGUUACGCGGCGGCAGCGGCGGCGGCUCCUUCCGGCCUGGAUGGAGGCGACGGGGGACGAGCGGGCCGGGGGGACGACGGCGCCUCCCCGGAGCAGGCGGCGGCGGCAGGCGGCAGCAAGGCCCAGGGCGGCGGCGGUGUACUGCAUGAACGAGGCGGAGCUGGUGGACGUGGCGCUGGCGGUCCUGGCCGAGAAUCUACAGUGCGAGGAAGAUGAGGAGAAGGCCCGGGCCGGGAGUGAAGAGGAGCAAGAGGUCCAACCAGCAACACCAAAGGAGGCUCCUGGAAGCACAGCCCACGUGGAGAGAAGCAGCGACUGCAGUCCGGCUCCCCCAUCCCCCUCAGACACUGGUGCUGGUGCCAGUGCAGAGCAGACAGGCCAGGAGGGCUCUCAGGACGAUGUUUUGAAAUAUGUCAGGGAGAUCUUUUUCAGCUAACAUUGCCUCCCUUGCAGCCCCCCGGGAGCAAAAGGGACAGUGGGGAGGGUAUCCCUCCCACAGCACUAAGGAUGGUGGGGGGAAGGCCUGGAGUGGCCUGUGGAGCUAGCUAGUAGGAGGCCCAUGAAAGCCUUUGGGGAGAAGGAAGGGGGCACUCCUCCCAGUGUGUGCUGGUGCAUCAGGAUUCGACUCCGUGUUGGGUUACAUACAUUUCUGUUUGGCAUCUCAGAGCACGGACUGGUUAAAGAGGACGUUUGGGUCUUUGCGAGUGUCCCUCUGGUGGGUCAGUGUGGGACUGGAAGGGAGCAGGGAGCUGCUAGCCCUGGAAGGCCUUUGCUGGCUCUGCAGAGCUGGACACUCAUGGUUCAGUCUUGGAGCUCCUUGAAAGUCCCUCUGUGACAGCUGCAGUGGGGACUGUCAGGCUGUCACCAUUGGGCCUAACACUGAAUUUGCCUUCAGGCUGGGGCAGAUCUCCUAGAGCUGAAAAGGACAUGUGGGAGCAGAUUGGCAAGGGUAGGUACCAUCCCCAUGGGGUUCACCCCCUGGCAGUGUGCAUGGGGGUCUAGGAGGGGAUGAGGAUGACACAGCAUCUUCCUGGUCUAAAGAGGGGAUGAAUAAACCACAUGAGGCUGAGGCAGGUGCAAGAACCUUUAUUAAAAUGAAGAACCAGUAAAAACAGAGUCAGAAAGUAGAUCCUCAUGUGCCUGAAGGGGGUAGGGGGAAAGCAGGUGCUUUCUUGUGUGAGGUUACAGACACAGCAUGGAGCAGUGCUAUGCACUGCCAUGGUGGAGAUUACUUCUAGAACGCUGGCUGUGAUGGCCCAGCUGGGGCACUGCACCCCAGCCUCUGGCAGCCUUGGCCCUGUUCCCUGAGCACACCUUUGUGUGGAGAGUGAGCAGUCCUCACACAGAACUGUCUCUCCUAGAGUCUCAAAGGCUGCUGGAGUGCAGGGCUCAGCCCACAAAUAUCAAUGGGGAGAAAUCUCAGUCUGCACCAAAAUUCUCUGCUUCCUCAUGGAAACUCUCCUCAUUAGGGGAGUGUUCAGUGUUCAACAAGUUUUUAUGUUGCCCUUCCCUGUUGUCUUCUGCUGCUGAGAUUGGCCACUUCACCCUCAUGAGUCUGCAGAUGCUGUUCCAGCAGCUGAAGUACAGGUGCUCCUGCUGAAGAGA